AUGGCUUUCAUUCCAGACUCUCUGAUAUUCGAAUUUCUCAUCAGACUUCCGGUUAAAUCUUUAGCAAGAUUUAAGUGCAUAGACAGAAGCUGGUCCUCUUUAAUAUCAGAUCCAGAUUUCGUUUACGCCCAUUUAAAACGAGCCAAGACAGAGAAUCAUUGUGGUCUAUUAUUGUCAUUCAUUUCACAUGAUAAUCUUAGCACCACCAUAAAUUUGUUCACCAUCAACGAUUAUGGACUUGCAGUUUUAGACUAUUCAGUUCAGGUAUGCUUGGACUCGUACUGUUUCUUACCUUCCUGCAAUGGUUUGGUAUGCUUUUACGGCGUCCGUGGUGGAAUUCAUGUUUGCAAUCCCGCCACCAAAAAUAUGGUGAAACUUCCAGGUAAUGGUGCAAAAGGGUCUCGCUUGUUGAGCUGUGGAUUCGGGUUUGAUCGGCAAGCUUGUACAUCUAAAGUCAUCAUGUUCUUAGAGCCAUCUAGUUCAGCUGAUGAUCCCAACAUUGAGAUAUUUACAAUGGGAACCAGGUCCUGGAGGACUGUGAAGUAUCAUGAACGUUUUCGCUUUCUGAAUAGGCAGCCACCAGUAUUUGCCAGUGGUUUCUUUUACUGGAUUAUAGCUAAUAAUGAUUCUUCAGGAUUUUUGAUAGCAUCAUUCGACAUCGGAAAUGAAACCUUUGAAGUAAUUCAUCCCCCGGAAAGUGUUUCAAGAAAAGAUUGGCAUAUGUUAUGUCUAGGGGAAUUGGGAGGAGAUUUAUGCUUGAUGGACAUCGAUUUUGAAUUGGAAGGCAGGAGGAGAAUGGAUCUUUGGUUGCUUAAAGAGGUUUCUGGUAAAUCUUGUGGUCACGAAAAGAAACAGAGAUGGAUUCAGGAAAGUAUUGUUCAUCCAUCCGAACCUCUUGAUGCCACUCGCCCUGUGGCGCUUAAUCACGAAAGAUCAGAAAUUUUGCUUCAUGGAUUCCUCAAAGGAUCAGAUUCUUUGAUGAAUUGGUACAAUCUGGAAACUCGAACUUUCAGAGAACAGGAUAUGAAAGAAAUAUCCUCACCGUAUUUUCAUGUCAGCACUCAUGUGGAAAGCUUCGUUCCUUUGAACGUCUAA